AAGCCUCUUACGGACCACUGCCUCCAUCCGUACCUUUGGGAGAGCUCCUCAGCGCGGCCAGGCUCUAGGGUGGGCCUGUCAAAUGCACAGAAUGCGAAACUCCUUGCUUUGUGCACUAGCUGCGCCAGUGGCAGCUCAGAAGCUGCACUGCGGCGUUGGGACCAACACCUUUGCUGACUGCCCGCAAUGUCUUGAAAGCGCUAUGAACUCCGGGGUCUUUGACUUUUGGUGGAACUGGGACUACGCUGUCAAGGUCGACAUGAGCCACUUGAACCCUGAGGUGGUGGGGAAAGCUCGGAAGACCUUCACACCCAUGAUUUGGGGAACCAAACUGCCCAAGGACAGUGGAUUCUUCAGCCUGGGAGGCGAAUACGUCAUGGGCUUCAACGAGCCAGACCAGUAUGGUCCCGCCUGUGCGGGCGACCUGAUGCCCAGAGGCUUUGGCUGCGGGGAGAAUGACUUCAGACCAGCGACCAGUGCUGGCUUUGCCUCACUUUUCGACCCCGCAAAAGCCGCCAAGGAGUGGCAGAAGUUGGUGAACUUUUUGGCCUCAGUGCCUGAGCGUGCCUCAAGUGCCCUGCGGAAGAUUGCAGCGCCGGCCAUGGCCCAGUCCCCACUGCCACUGGAUGACUGCAGCCAGGAUCCAGCUCUGCCAAAUACCACCAAGUACUGCCGCGGCUGGCUGCAGCACUUCAAAGAGCAAACGUUGCUGUUAGAGUGCAUGGGCCUCUCCGGGCAGAAGACCAACUGCUGGGACGUAGUGGACGCCUUGCCGAUCCACGCCUAUGCCCGAACAGCUCAAGAAGUCAAAGACAAGAUUCACCAAUAUCACAAGGUUUUCCAGGAGGAUUUCGACGGAAUCAACGGGCGCACUCGUAAGACGCUGUGGCUGACAGAGGUCACCAUGGGCACCAACGAUGCCACCGACUUGGUCAAGUUUGUGGAUGACCUCAUGAAUUCGGAGAACGGCCUGCAGAAUCGCCAGCUCUUUGGCUUUCUGGACCGCGUGAGCUGGUUCUCUCAAUGGAGCGUGGGGUCCUUUCAACUUGGCUCCUAUGCACCGCACACCGACGAGACAUUCCAUUUGAUGAGAGCGGGAGGGCACGCAGAAACGCGCACCCUGAGCUACCACGAGGCAUGGUCCUCCAGCCUUUUCGAGCCAACCACAGGCCGUUUCACACCGCACGGGCUGAACUUUGUACGCCACUGCAGACAAAACUCUACUAGUCCCAGUGCUGGCGCUCCUGCACCAGUGGCUCCUUCCAUGGCUCCGGCACCGGUGGCGCCUUCCACGGCGCCGCGCGAGCAUUCGCGUCCGAAAAAAGAGUCCAUGGCACCCUGCGCGGUCGGUGCUGCAGUUCCUUGCCCUGGCACUGGGAGCUGUGCUGGCAAUCAGUGCUGCCCCGACGGAAGCACUUGCCCUUCUGCAGACGCAGGCUUCAAGGAUUGCACUGAUUCCAAAACAGAAGACUGCACGCAGGUGACGGAAGAGAUACACCUGUUGAUGCUCUCGGUUUUGGGUCACAGUGGCUUGUCUGCUGGCGUGGAUCUGUGAGUGUAAUCGUUCUAGUUGCUGGCAUGGCAGUCCCUGCA